AGUCGUCUAGUGGGAUUUUGGUUGGUGGUGGAGGGGUUUUGAUGAUGGGGUUUAAAACGUAGAGGAUGUUGAAAAGGUGGUUUGGUGAUGGGGUAACUUUUCUGCUGAUGCCUUUCAUGAGCAUUCUUGUUUUUAACCCUGGGCAUGGCCCACGGCCGGACAUCCCUUCACAAGCGACUAGCAGGCGAGUUGGAUAAAAGUUACAAUCAACCUCCUCAUCAAUCUUUCAACCAUAAACUUGCCAAAAAAGCAACACAUUAUUCAGAAUUUCGGCAAACCCUUUUUUUCAUAAUCGGCCCCUCUGUCCAACUCCUAUCGCCAAAAAACCUUUUCAUCAAACUAAACAGGUAAAACGACCUCGAUCGUCAUCGCGUGACUAAGCCCGAAGCGGAACACCGAGACCGAAUGGCCGAAAAACCAUAAAAACCCACAUUUGCAAUUCACAUCCCCCAGGACCUUUUGCAAAACAUGCCCUCCAAAACCCCCAACCCCAAAAAAGGAGGACUAUCCCUCCGCUCCCAACUCCCCCUCCUCUUGUCCAUUUCUCUAGGCCUCUUGUACCGUCAUGUCACGACGGGCCCUUACCACCCGCACACAUGCGCAUUAUUCAACUUGAAUUGCCCAGAGUACCCGAUUUCUGGGCGGGUGGAACGGGGGUUUGAGGGUGUGCGAGAGGCUUUUGAGAGGAAUUUUAAAGAGGGGGAGGAAGUGGGUGCUGGGUUUUAUGCUUGGAUGGAUGGGAAACCGGUUGUGGAACUUGUUGGAGGGUUCUUUGAUAGAGACUACGACAUUAAAAAGCCUUAUACGGAGGAUUCCCUGAAUCUCGUCUUUUCAAGUAGCAAAGCAGUGACAGGUAUCGCCAUUGCACACCUCAUAUCACAGGGCCACCUUUCCUACACGGACCGCAUCGCAAAAUACUGGCCAGAAUUCGCACAAGGCAACAAGGAAAACGUCACGGUAGCGGACCUUAUGGGUCAUCGCGCAGGGGUAUCCUUCCUAGACGCUUCACGCGCCCCAUCACCAUCCGAUAUUCUCGACCUGGAUGCAUUGGCAGAGAAAAUUGCAUCCCAGCCCCAUAAUUUUGGUGGAAAGCCAACGGUUGGGUAUCACGCCACUACACGCGGAUGGUACAUUAAUGAACUCGUUCGACGAGCGGAUCCUUUACAUCGUUCCCUCGGUACCUACAUCCGCCAAGAACUAGCUACCCCUCUCAAUAUUUCCUAUCACCUAGGUCUGGACCCAUCAUACGACCACCUCGUUUCCCCUCUGAACGGCCUCACACCUUUUUACCUCCUCUACCACAUCCUCACUCCCAAAUCCUGGCAAAAAGAACCCAUCCCCGAAUUACUCCUCCAAGCCCAACUCAAUCCAUCCAGUUUGCAACACCGCGCUUUAAUGGCGAGUGGCCCUACAUUUGGGUGGUGGGAGAUUUGGCCGGCGGGAUAUAAUAAACCUGAUAUUUGGCAUGGUGAAAGUGGGAGUUUUAGCGGUAUGACUAAUGCGAAGGGGUUAUCUCGUUUUGCGGCCAUUAUGGCCAAUGGAGGUGUGGAUCCACUUACCGGUACAACCGUCAUUUCCUCAUCAACCCUUUCGAAAGCCCUUGAACCCCUUCCAUUAUCCACCGACCAAGUCCUGAACAAGACGAUUCAAUUCACGACAGGCGGAUGGGGUCAACUCGACACCCUCAUCCAAGGACAAACAUGGACCGGAUGGGCAGGUGCAGGCGGAAGUAUGAUUUGGUGGAACCAAAAAGAAAAAUUGGCUAUUGGGUAUGUGAUGAAUUCGGUCAAGUUGCAGCCUUUGGGUGAUCUCCGGAGUCGGAGGCUUAUCAAGGCUUUUAUGGAUGCUGUUGAUGGUGUUCGGGGAACCAAGCAUACCGUUCCUGAACAUGCCCGGAAGGAUGAUCCUGUUGCUGUUUAGCUGUUUUUAGUUAUGUGUCGUGUAUAUGUAGAGUGGAUAGGAUAUCUAGGGACCAAAGAGACCUUUUACAAAACAUUGGACAAUUAAAAUAGUAAAAAACAAACACACUUGUCGUAUAAAAAUAAUAUAUAUGCAAAAUCAUAUGUACUUUCC